UGCUAUUUAAGCCCGUCUGAAAGUGAUUGAAGCCAUCAGUUGUUCAACUCCUCAACAGCAGACAACAUGAAAUUUUUUGUCCUCGCCGCUUUCUUGGCCGUCGCUGCCGCUGUUCCAUCCAGCUACAAGCCGGAAUACAAGGCACCCAGCUAUCCUGCCCCAAGCUACUCUGCACCAAAGUACGCAGCACCAGCCUACUCCGCACCAGCAUACCCCGCACCAGCCUACUCCGCCCCAGCAUAUUCCGCACCAGCCUACUCCGCGCCAGCCUACUCCGCACCAGCCUACAACAAGGAUAACAAAUACGGUGGUAUCACCAUCACCAGCCAGUCCGAUGUCCGCAACCUCGAUGGCAGUAGCCAGUGGAGCUAUGCCCAGUCUGACUACACCACCCGUGAGGAGUCCCAGGUUCAGAAGAAGAUGCAAGGAGUCUCCUAUGAUUCUUAUGGAAAAGAAUCUUACGGUGAAGUCCUUGGCAACACCAACAAAGGAUCAUCUUACUGGGUUUCCCCUGAAGGCCAGAAAUUCACUUUGACCUGGACCGCUGAUGAUGCCGGAUUCCAGCCCAAAGGUGACCACUUGCCCGUUGCUCCCGUCCACGAGUACGAGCUCCCAGUUGCCCCCGUUCACGAAUACGUUCUCCCCGUUGCCCCUGCUCUCCCUUAUUCGCGCACUGGACCCGGUUAUUAAGUUGCAAAACUUUUCCUUCGUGAAAUGUGAAUGGCGUGAGCCAUGCAAGUCUAACUUAUUGAUGUCAAAUAAACGCAAAUUAUGUUUUGAAA